AUGACUAACAGCAUGCAUUGCUUCCCCCGCUUUAUAACACGCCUAAUUCGAGAUGCUUCCCGCAGGCACGCCCAGACAUGGGCAGGUCGCGACGAGCUGGCGCAAGGUCCAGCUCAGACGAAUAGCACGAGCGCCCUUAGAGCCUCAACCACCCGCUCUUCCGCUUCACCCUCCGUCACCCAACAACCCUCCGCUAGCCCCUGCCAUCCACGCCUCCCACCUCCAUACAGGCCACCGGACCCUUGCCCGGUCAGGACGUGGGCUCCGCGCCCGCCGGUCACCCCCGCAUCGAGGCCUCCAAGAUCCAGCCUGGGCAACGCGCCUCCUGCACCACCGGCUGAUGCAGCAAAGAGGCCACCGCAGGAACCAAGGCCACG